AUGAUUGCGUCACUUUGCGUCCUUGCAGCAGUCGUACGUCUGGUGACCAGCACAUGUGACUGUGGUUAUUCGAUUCAAGACCCCGAAGGCGAAGGGGUUAUUGUGUUUAUGGAUCGGCUUGAGACUGACUUCGGUCAACUGCAAACCAUCUCCCAAAGCCAUGACUGGGUAGCCCAGAAAUUCACAGUAUCAGCAGAAGAUGGUCGUGGGAACUACAGCAAGGCCUUCGAACCCACAAACGUUGCCAUCCAAGUAACGCACCCUCAAGACCAUCCGGAUCUGGGUCAUGGUGUUGAACUACGUGUGAGCAGUACCAUCAGCAACGACACAAUUCCAGGAAGCGAGAUAGAUACAAAAAGACUGGACCUCCAUUGGGGGUCAUUCCGAGCUGGGAUGAAGUUGACGGAUGUUAAGGGCACGUGUGCGGCCUUCUUCUGGUAUUUCAACAAUACCCAGGAGAUCGAUAUUGAAUUUCUAUCCCGAGAGUUUGAUUACGAGAGAGGUAUCUACCCUGCCAACCUCGUUGUACAGUCCAAGGCGUCUAUGGAGGCCGGUUACGAUGCCAGCAAGACUGGGAACUUCAAGCGAGUAAAUUUGGACUUCGACCCAACAGAGAACUUUCACGAAUACCGGUUUGACUACGUUCCUAGCCAUGUUCUGUUCUAUGCAGAUAACAAACUGCUCGCUCAGAUGGAAGGUGGUGAUAUGCCUUCUUCUGGGGGCCAUUUGAUCCUGCAGCACUGGAGCAACGGCAAUCCGCUGUGGUCUGGCGGUCCGCCGACCAAGGACGCAAUAGUUACUGUCAGCUAUGUCAAGGCCUACUUCAAUUCUUCGGACCAUGAACGUCAGUCAUGUUUACAACGGCAGUGUGUCCGGUCUUCUGUGAGAGCCUCUGCGUGUUCUAUCCAGAACGUUACAAAUGCAACAUGCUACAGUGGCGACAUGCCGCACGAUUCGGACGAUAAUGACGAAAGUGACGCGGCGGUUGCAAAUAUGAGCUUGUUGGGAAGUUUGGGGCUUGGCUUAGUGACGUUGUUAUUAUGA